AUGCAUGCGAACGCCAUCUCCGUUCUCGCCGCUUUCCUCGCUGUAGGGAAUGUCCACUUUGGGGCGGCUCAGCAUGCUUCCGAAGCGCACGUGGACCAACCGCACUGGAAUUCCCCGCGAGAAGUCGAACGAACGUCUCGCAACGAGACUCAGAGGAAAACUCAUUCCGAAUCUGGCUUGGUCCAAAAUGGCUUGUUGGACAAUUUGAUGCAAACUCAUGGCUCCUCUCCUCAGCCAGCGGUUACUCCCACUCCGGAAAGCUCGCCCGCUAUUCAGACUCAAAAGGGAAGAGAAAACUUUGGUGUAACCAUCUCUGUCAACCAUAAGAGCCCCGAUAUCUUACGGCUUACCAUUGACAAUACGACCAUCAGUAGUGAGCCGAGUGCUUCUACUGCAACCACUACAAAGACUGAGAGCCCAAGUAGCAGAAACAUUCCCAUGGACAACUCCACUGCCGCAUCUACCACAUCAAAAACCAUAAUAAUGGAAAAAUGGACUGUUGAAUCAUCACCCAAUAUAUCAACUAGGGCUUCUUCAACUAUUUCAACCACAUCCUCUACCCACAACCCUCCUAAUGGCUUGGCCACUGGGCUAGGAAACCUCAUUGAUGGCUCAACUAGUAGCGCCACAUCAUCUACUGCCUCCACUGUGACCGCCGCUGCCGCAUUGCCUACCAAGACAUCUACUUCGCUUGCUUCGACCAAGUCCAACAAUCCAUCCACAGCCAUUGUUGAUGAUUUACGAUCGAGCCUGGACUUCCUUCUUGGUAGCUCAACAAGCAGUUUUGUCACCAUGGCGUCCAAUGGAUCUGGAUUCUCUAGCCUCGAGAGUGUCAACAGUGCAGGCUCCAGCAAUAUCAGCGGCUGGGAUGCGGCAAGCUCCACUGCGAACAUUGCGGGAUUGGACCACCUUGACCACUUUGGUCUAGGCGACAAUUCCUCUAUCGAGAAAAAUAUCACUCCUACCGUCUUCAGUAGUACUGCCAUUCAGUCUAUUAUACUACUCAAUGUGUCUGCCUCCACAACCAGCUCACUCUCGAUCACUUCUACUCCCAUCGGAACCUCAAGUUCUAGUAAUUUGCUCAAUGAGCUUAUAUCUAGCCUGGAUUCGCAGUACAGCACCACCUCCUUUGGGACUGUCGACCAGCGUCGCUUCUUCCCCUGUGCUGGGGGAAACACGGGUAUACUGACCCCCACAUCAACCAACCCCAUUGAAACAGUCCACAUCUCGUACUUACCAAGUUUGAAUUUUAUUUCUGCAUCCGGGAUUGAAUCUAGCAGUGGUAUGAAAUCUAGUCCUGGCCCCGCAAACAGUACUAGCACGUCAAGCACUGGCACCGAAGCUAGCACUGGUAUGCUAUCUAGUAUGGGCACCGAAUCUAGUAGUGCCAUCAAAUUUGGUAUUGAUCUCGAAUAUAAUGAAAGUAUUCGCUCUAGCACUGCCUCUGGCCCCAGCAGCUUAUUUACCCCUUCCCUCGAGGACCUCACGCUUAGCUAUCAUUCGUCCUUCCCUCCUAUCCCCACAUUUACCAACGAAAUGAGCACGGCUCAGAGCUCAGAGGAGUACCAGUCUAAGCAAAGUCCUGCUUUCGGGCUUUUAACCUCCAAGAAGGACUGGAUGCCAUCCACAAUUCUUAUCUUGCCUGACUUGACCGCCACCGUGAGCUCGACCUCCGAGCAGACAAAAGAACCCAAGGCAACAUCGCUCCCUGGUUCUAUCAUCCCAUUGAACGAAAUUACCGAGGCCCCCUCUGACUCAGUCCUACUUCAGUUCGGCUUUGACAGCCAGCUACCAUGGUCAUUUGUCAUCAACACCCCCUUGUCUUCAUCUCAAAUUUUUAAUUACACCCCUCAGGCUAUUGAAAACGCCUUGCCAAGUCUCUCUUCCAAUGACAGCCCCGUCAUGUUUUCCCUUGAGCCUUAUUACAAUUGGCAAUCUACAGGCUAUAAUGCUACCCUCGCUACUUUCUAUUUUUCUCGCGACAAGGUUGAUCUGCUAAGAGCUCUCAAGGUUAACCCCGACUCUGCUCUCUACAACCAGGCCAGUGAAACACUCCGAUCACUGAUGUCCAAGGUCGACCCAACAAUCCCUCUCGAGUUCUACGGUAACUAUCCCAGUGGAGUCGGCGAUCCAAGGGGCGGUGGCAGCAAUGGUAAUAAUGAGGGUGGCAGGGAUAGCCGUUCAAGUGGUGGCAUCAUUAAUACCGAUGGUUCUGCCAGCAGUUCCAAGACUAAUCCCACAUCGAUCGGAAUUGGUGUUGGAGCUGUGGCCAGUGCCGCCGCUUACGGUGCUGGUAUGUUCUGGAUUGCCCGCCGCUACCGUAAGAGAAAGCAGCUCCAUCAGCACCUCCACUCAACUAGCAAGCAAGUGAACCAGGGUGGCUCCGCUCCCGGUCCGAUACCUGCUGCUGGUGACCGUGCCUCUGGUCGGGGUAGCCGCGGUACCACUCGCUUUCAGACGAUCAGCGGCCCGGCUAUGGUGGAGAACUCUUUGGGAUGGAAUUAA